AUGGCCGAAAACAGUCAACAACUGAUCGAGAAACUAGAAAGCCAGAUCAGGCGUCUGGAGAUGAUGGCCAACAAGAACAUGGAGCGAACCGUCUAUUUGACGGAAGAAAUGCUCACAUUGAGCAAAGAGAUUGCUGCGGCCGAUCUAAACGAUGAAAGGAAAAAAAAUUUGGCCCUGAAGAAGAAGUUGGCGACGGCGCAUGGCCACACAGGGAUCUAG